UAUAUGUAUAAUACACGUUCGACUACUCAUAUGCAUAGCUGAAUGAGUUAUAGCCGCCGUUGAGGGAAUUGUUAGAAGUUGCAAUGUCCAACGACUCGCAUAUCAAUUAGUAGAAAGCGCCAGAGCCAACACCCAGAUGGCUAGCAAUAAGUGACAUUGUAGUGUAGUGCGCCACGCCCACCACAACUUAAACGAAGAAACUAGAACGAGGAGAAAAAGCCAAGUAAUUAAAUGAAAGUGAAAAGAGAGCAUACACAGGCACACACACACAUACACUUUCCGGUCAUUAACCGGAAAAGUGCAGCGCACUGACAAAUGGCCAUUAAAGAUGGCAAGCUUCCACUGCAUUCCAUUUCCUUAGACCAUAGUUCAUGCUCAUUAAUUGCAACCAUUUGAUUUGUUUACACCAAAAAAAAAGCGAAAGAACACUAUUAAUUUUUGCUGGCCAAAAACAAACAAUUCUCGAGCGUCGGAGCACAAGUUUUAUGCUUUGGAGAAUCUUAAGUGCAAAUACAAACAACAAUGACGACAGCCAAAUGGAAUUGGAUUUGGAUUCGGAUCUGCCGCUUGGCACUGAGCAUCUUGCUGGUUUUGUGCGCCGCUACUGCAGAGGCACCCGUCGGCUAUCGGCGUGAGAUUUGUGAACAUCGCAAGGGCAGGCCGAUGCAGCCCACCAAUGUGUAUCGGAGUCGUUUGCUGGCUAUGCGGGAGCAAAUGUUGAUACGCGCCACGCUUGAAGGGCCAGAGAUCUAUGGCUAUAUAUUGCCCUCCACAGAUGAGCAUCUGAAUCAGGAGGUGGCGACCCGUGAUCAGCGUCUGCAUUAUCUCAGCGGGUAUACGGGCAAUCGAGCCGUUGCCGCCGUUACGCAGGGUGGCGCCGCCAUUUGGCUAGAAAAUCGGUUUGUACAGCAGGCUGACGGGGAGCUGGACUGCGAUUGGCAGAUUUAUCUAGCUAGCGGCAAUGUCAGCAUUGCCAACUGGCUAAGCAGCCAGUUGCGCAUGAAUAAACGCAUUGGCGCCGAUCCACAGCUGGUGCCGCAUCAUCUAUGGAUGAGUUGGGAACGAGAGCUGGCUGACAAGUUUUUGAAGCUGAUCAAAAUCAAUAGCAAUCUGGUGGAUAUGAUUUGGGACUCCGAGCGUCCAGAGACACCCAAGCAUCAUGUGAUUCAAGUGCAGGCACGUGACUUUGCUGGCGAGAAGUGGGAGGAUAAAGUGAACGAGCUGCGUCGACGUCUGGCCCAUCUGAACUGCGAUGCUAUGAUCGUUACCUCGCUGACGGAAAUCGCGUAUUUAUUUAACAUUCGGGGCACAGAUAUUCCCUUUACACCUGUAGUGAAGUCAUUUGCUAUUAUCAGCCAGAAGGAUAUUUUCUUCUAUGUUGAUCAUGGAAAGAUCAGUCUUGGCAUUGAUCUGCAUCUGCGCACCGAUUGCUACAACGACAACUGUGUCAGGAUUAAGGAGUACAAACAAAUAUGGAGCGAUAUACGAACUUAUGUACAAAUCUGGAAGCGUGUUCUUGUGCCAGCACCUUGUGUUCAAGAGCCGGGUGCAUCGGAGGCCAUCUACUCGGCUGUGCCAGCUAACAUUGUGGUGGAGCAUAUUUCGCCAAUAAUUUUUAUGCGUGCGCAGAAGAACUCUGAGGAACAGGAAGGCAUGCGCAUGGCACAUAUCCGCGAUGGCGCUGCUAUUUGCGAGGCAAUGAGUAACUUAGAAGCCCGAUUUGAUAUGGAACAGUGGACUGAGGAGAAGAUUAAGUACGAAGUUGAACUGUGGUUGCUCUCGCAGACGCAUGCCAAGGGCCUUUCGUUGCGCACCGUGAUCGCUUACGGCGAGCAUUCAGCCCUGCCCUACUAUAUAUCCAACAACCUGACAGACAUUGAAGUCUCCGAUCAGAGUCUGCUGGUCAUCGAAUCCGGUGUUCAGUACUUGGAGGGCACAACGGAUGUGUCAAGGACCUUUAUUUUCGGCGAGCCUACGCGCGAUAUGAAGAGAGCUUAUACGGCUGUGCUGGCGGGUAUUCUUCACAUAUCAGAUCUAAUAUUUCCCGCGUCGGUGAAGCCAUCCGGUCUAGACAGCGUUGUGCGCGCCAAGGUGUGGCAUGAGAUGACCGACUAUCCACAGGCAACUGGUCAUGGAAUUGGGGCCUACGGUUCAGUCGAAGAGCCUCCUAUCUCCGUGGCCUACGGACAGAAUAGCAGUUUCCAUUUCAAGCAAGGCUACUUUUUCUCCAGUGAGUCUGGCUACUAUAAGCGCGAUGAUUAUGGCGUCCGCAUCAAGAAUGUUCUAGAGGUGUUGGACACGGGCAAAACGACGACCAGCGCCGAACACUUUUUAGCAUUCCAAUCUGUCACCCUGGUGCCCUACGAGCCGAAGCUUAUCGAUGGCUCCAUGUUGAGCUCGGACGAGAAGCGUAUGCUUAAUAGAUACAAUGCCAAAAUACGCAAAUAUAUUGGCGGCGAACUUAAAAGACUUGGCAACAUGAAGGCCUUCUACUGGAUGAUGAACAAGACGCGACAUAUACGAGAGUACUUGACCGAGGAUGAGUACUUGGCAGCAAUGGGCGGUGGCUGCCACAGCCACAACCAUGCCCAUCUUCCGUUGCUGGCACUGACGGUGGUUCUGAUGAUCCUGUUGGCAUUCAUUCACUCAAAGUGGCAUCUAUAGAUGCGAUCUAGAUAGCAGUGUGUGUGUGGGCGUGUGUGUGCUUGUGUAUGUAUUCGGGUGUAAUUAUAUAGAUUUAGUUAGCUAUGCCAAUUGAAGAGAGAAUCUGGGACUAACAAUAAGGAAAUACUAAUAUUAACUGUUAGAAUAUAUUUAAGUUGCUUGGCUUGAUCCUCAAAUUCCAUGCGCAUCAGGCAGUCAAUCGCUAUGAACUUAACAUACUUA